GGCUUCCGAUCUGAAGCGGCGUCGGCUGCAGCCCCCGCGGGCCCGGCUUCCUCGCUCCUUCCCGGGAAAACCAGCGCCGAGCCUCUUCCCGGUGCCAGGAUUGCAAGAGGCGCCUCCGCCUCCUCCUCGGUGUAGCAACGUCUCCGACGGGCCACCCCUGAGCUGCAUUGCUGUAGGAGCGCGCAACGGUCGGGCGCCAGCCAGAGCUGCAGUGGCGACCCGGGAGAGGCAAAGCGAGGUCGGGGCGAGGAGCCGGCGGCGGAAAGCGAGGCCCUCUGACCCGCCUUCCAGGCCAUGUGCAUUCCGUGCCAGCCAGCUCCUAAUAAAGCGAUGGGGCCGGGAACCUGCCUCCCGCUUCUUCACGCCCUAUAAAUAUUCAGCCGGCCCCGAAGACCAGCUCGGGUGGCUUGUGGGCUGCCUGACCCCGGCUCAGAAGAGCAGCCGCCGCCGCUUCCUCUUCUUCCUCCUCCACCGCCGCCACCACUACCGGGGGAAAAGCCUAAGGCAGCGCAGCCCGAGCGUCCUCUCCGCCCGGCCGAGAUGCCCCGAGUAGAUGCAGAUCUCAAACUGGACUUUAAAGAUGUCUUGCUCAGACCGAAGCGGAGCAGCCUCCGAAGCAGAGCAGAGGUAGAUCUUACACGUACUUUCUUCUUCCGUAACUCCAAGCAAACCUAUACAGGCAUCCCCAUUAUCGUAGCAAAUAUGGACACUGUUGGUACUUUUGAAAUGGCACAAGUUAUGGCUAAAUACACCAUGUUUACUGCAAUACACAAGCAUUACUCUCUAGAACAGUGGAAGCUGUUUGCAAGUGAUCACCCAGAAUGCAUAGAGCAUGUAGCGGUGAGCUCAGGCAGUGGGCUGACUGAUUUUGAGAAGCUGAUAAGUAUCAUCGAUGCCAUCCCUCUGAUCAAGUACAUCUGCCUGGAUGUGGCCAAUGGUUACUCAGAACACUUUGUGGAAUUUGUGAAAGCUGUUCAUAUCCGGUUCCCAAAGCACACCCUCAUGGCAGGCAACGUAGUAACAGGAGAGAUGGUGGAAGAACUUCUUCUGUCUGGUGCAGACAUUAUUAAAGUUGGAAUUGGACCAGGUUCUGUGUGCACUACUCGGAUAAAAACUGGGGUUGGCUAUCCUCAGCUCAGCGCAGUAAUUGAAUGUGCAGAUUCCGCUCAUGGACUGCAAGGACAUAUCAUUUCCGAUGGAGGAUGUAGCUGUCCAGGAGAUGUGGCCAAAGCUUUUGGAGCUGGUGCUGAUUUUGUGAUGCUGGGGGGCAUGUUUGCAGGACAUGAUCAAUGUGCUGGAGAUAUUAUAGAAAAAAACGGUAAAAAAGUGAAGCUUUUCUAUGGGAUGAGCUCUGACACCGCUAUGAAGAAGCACGCAGGUGGUGUUGCAGAUUACAGAGCUUCGGAGGGCAAAACAGUGGAAGUCCCCUACAGAGGAGAUGUAGAAAAUACCGUCCGUGACAUUCUGGGUGGUCUCCGUUCUGCUUGCACGUACGUGGGAGCUGCCAAACUCAAAGAGCUUAGUCGAAGGACAACCUUUAUUCGGGUAACUCAGCAGCACAACCCAACUUUUUCUUAGCCAAAGAAGAAAAUCCCUGACCUUUGGAAACGUGAAGUGUGCUAUGUUCUGUUUCUCCUCCACUUUGCUGCUGCUGCUUCUUCUUUCUUUUCUUUUUUUCUUUUUUUGCAGAACAGCGAUUAUAUUCCAAACUAGGAAAGAAGCAGGUUGCUUUAAUACCAUUGAUUGUUUGUAAUGGUUGGGGCUGGGCCUAAUGAGAACAAGCCAUAAACUGCUUCUGGGUCCAGAGUUUGUUCAGAAUUGUUGGGUGGUAUUCUUUUUUAUAUCCUUGUCUAUUUAAGUUAAGAAAUCUAGAGUGAUCUUUCGGAACAACCCAUCAGAGGGACUUGGAUGUCCGUUCAUAAAGCAUUUGUCUGCUGGAUCUGCCAUUACCAGAAAAAGCAAAGCCCUUCACAGGGUUUUAUAUUUCAAGUUUCAACUGCUCCUGCAAUGUGUGAUGAUAGACAGAAGAACUCCGAAGCCCAGAAAACCCUCACUGCAUGGAUCCUGCUCCAGCAUGCCACCUUGGAAUAGCACUUACAGAAUUAAAAAAAAGAAAAAAAGCUGUUUUAUUUUCACAGAGGCAUCAAGUGCUCAGUUUUUAACGUGUGCAGAUUAUUAUAAAGUUCUUAAAAUGUUUGAUUAAAUAGUUACACUCCCUUUGUCGUAAUGCUUUGUUAGGGGGUAUAUUUCAACAUUGCAGAUGGAGAUGCUUCUUUGUUCAUUCAGCUCAUUUUAAAGAUGAAAGAGGUAAGCCUAAGGAUGGUUAACUAAUUUUUUCCAAUGCCUUUGGGCAAAGACAAGAGAAGGCACUGCCGUUCCACAUCUGAACCUAUGUGCAGAGCCAAUUUUUUUUAAAAAACAACACACCGUUCAUUUUAAAAAAAAAGAUCAACUGUUUUCCAAACAAGACAUAGAAAGAUUUCUCUGAACAAUCUGAAAUACGGAUGGAUUAGCUCCAGUCAAACUCAAUUUGUAAGCAUUGGGCAGGAAAAUCAGGUUUUUCCUCUCAUCAGGCAGCUCUUACUUUCUUGUGUAAAUGGUAUGUAGCACUGCAUUCAUUUCUAUUAAAGAAGAUUCAACAC